GUCGAUUACCGGGUGUUUGUUGCGAAUAACUAAUACACACAUUUGAUUAGUAUUUAGUACUAUAAAUUAAACUGUAUUGAUAAAUACAAAAUUUAUAUAAAAAUGACAACUAAUCCACGGAAAGGCGUCGAUGCUGUACCAUAUGAAGAAAGUGAUCAACUAACUAUUCGACCCUUAGGUGCUGGGCAAGAAGUAGGGCGCUCAUGCAUAAUGCUUGAAUUUAAAGGGAAGAAAAUAAUGCUGGACUGCGGCAUUCACCCAGGCUUAUCAGGAAUGGAUGCAUUACCAUUUGUUGAUCUUAUUGAAGCUGAUGAAGUGGAUUUAUUGCUUAUAUCUCACUUUCAUCUGGACCAUAGUGGAGCACUGCCUUGGUUUCUGACAAAAACAUCAUUUAAGGGAAGAGUUUUUAUGACACAUGCAACAAAAGCAAUUUACAGGUGGCUUGUAUCAGAUUACAUUAAAGUUAGUAACAUAUCAACAGAGCAGAUGUUGUAUACUGAGUCGGAUUUAGAAGGAUCCAUGGAUCGUAUAGAAACAAUCAACUUUCACGAGGAAAAAGAUGUGCGAGGAGUGAGGUUCUGGGCAUACAAUGCUGGGCAUGUGCUCGGAGCUGCUAUGUUUAUGAUUGAGAUUGCUGGUGUUAAGGUUUUAUAUACAGGAGAUUUUUCAAGACAAGAAGACAGACAUUUAAUGGCCGCUGAAAUACCCACUGUACAUCCUGAUGUAUUGAUAACGGAAUCGACAUACGGCACACACAUACACGAAAAACGCGAGGAGCGAGAGAGUCGUUUCACAAGUCUUGUGAGUGAUAUUGUGAUGCGUGGUGGUCGCUGCCUUAUACCUGUCUUUGCUUUGGGACGAGCACAGGAGUUAUUACUUAUAUUGGAUGAAUAUUGGUCUCUUCAUCCCGAGCUGCAAGACAUUCCUAUAUACUACGCUUCGUCACUCGCGAAGAAAUGUAUGGCCGUGUACCAGACCUACAUCAACGCCAUGAACGACCGCAUCCGAAGACAGAUAGCGGUCAACAAUCCGUUUAUCUUCAGACAUAUCUCUAAUUUGAAGGGAAUAGAUCAUUUCGAGGAUAUAGGACCCUGUGUGAUAAUGGCCUCUCCGGGAAUGAUGCAGUCUGGACUAUCCCGGGAACUGUUUGAGUCGUGGUGUACGGAUCCUAAGAACGGUGUUAUUAUAGCUGGUUACUGCGUGGAAGGGACUUUGGCUAAGACAAUUCUAUCAGAGCCCGAAGAAAUCACGACGAUGUCAGGCCAAAAGCUGCCUUUGAAGAUGUCCGUGGAUUACAUCUCCUUCUCAGCGCACACUGACUACCAGCAAACGUCAGAAUUCAUCAAUAUAUUGAAACCACCGCAUGUGGUGUUGGUGCACGGAGAACAGAAUGAGAUGUCACGUCUGAAGGCGGCGCUGCAGCGGGAACAUAGAUCGAGGCUGGCCGUUCAUACGCCGAGGAACACACAACUACUGGCACUCACUUUCAGAGGGGAUAAAACUGCAAAGGUGAUGGGUUCGCUAGCCGUAGAGCCUCCACAGCCCGGGGACACAUUGCAGGGUGUGCUCGUUAAACGAAAUUUCAAUUACCAUAUAUUAGCGCCUUCAGAUCUCAAUAAAUACACAGAAUUAAGUCAGUCAGAGGUUGUCCAACGGCAAUCCAUCCAGUACACGGGAUCCAAUGCCGUUCUUCGUCACGCCGUGCUUCGUUUGGCCGGGACCGUCGAGUUCCUUAGCGAGACGAGGUGGAGGCUCUAUGGGUGUCUCGACAUGAUUAUAGAACCGCCUGUUAUCACGCUAGAGUGGCAGGCGCAGCCGGUGUCAGAUAUGUACGCGGACGCGGUCGUAGCGGCCUUACUAGCCGCAGCCUCCAUGCCCCAACCCACGCAUUUGCCGCUCGCGCCCAAAUUGGACCGGAUGCACUUUAAGGAGUGUGUCAUAGAAAUGCUUCAAGAAAUGUUCGGCGAGGACUCAGUGCCGAAGAUGUUUAAAGGCGAGAAGUUACACGUGGAGGUGAACGGAAGAAGAGCGGAUAUUGAUCUUCUAGCAUUGGAUGUAACAAGCAAUGAUGAGGCGUUGGAGCGAAUGGUUCAAUCGGCCAUUUCCAAAUUGUACGCGGCGUUGGCACCCGUUAAACCACCCCCACCGCCCACUUGCUGAUAUUUAGCCAAACUUUGUUUAAAUAGAUAUAUCAAUAUUUUGUAUUAAUAAAACCCAAAG